GGUUUCGGCGGCCAGACCGAAAAACCCCACAUACUCCGCCCUGGAGCGGUACUUCCUCUCCUUUGCGUGGACUGCUUCCUUGGCUGCUUCCUGGCUUGUAGGUCCUGGCGGAGCAGCAGUGGGUCCGUGAGGGUGAUAUCCGUUACCCAGGUCACUCCUGACUCGGGGUCCCGGAUUGCCAGGUCAGCUCGCUUUCUGCUGGCGGGUGGGGAGUACAGUGUUGUCUCAUGGUAGGUGAUGUACUUUGGUUCCCGUGCCAUCCACAGGACCGCGUACACCAGAGCGUCAUGUUAGCGCUUCCGUCAGGGGCCAUCUCUGCAGCGUAGUAGGUGGUUGGGUAGGCUGUAGUCGGGUAUGGCUGUGCGUUUGCGACAGUCGCAGGUGCCCAGGACUGGGAGGGAAAGGCCAAGGCAAAAGCCCAGGGCCACUAAGAAUUGGCCUGGUGAGAGGCUGAGGUCAGGGCAUGUGGGGAUGGCGUGGAGCCAGUCCCCGGCCCUAGACCCCGUAGGCUUAGCAGUCGGAUAGCAUGGCUGUUUUCAUUCCUGGCCGGUCGAGUCAUGUGUCAGCCAGCGGUGCUUCAGCCCACGCAUGGUUGAGCUCUGCCGAAAGCUGUUGCUGUAGCCGUCGCCCCCCAGCUCCUGCUCGUUCCUCCUGCAGCAGUGCUUGUCCCUUCUCCAGCAGCCGCCCUUCCAUGUCGUGGAGGGUUUGCUGCACUGGUAGCCCAUCUGCUGCUGCUGCGGUGAGCUGUGCUGCUGUCGUUGCCAGGGGGGGGUCCUGGCUGAGGGGGUGGGAGCUGAGGAGGUGCUUGACCGCUGUGGUCGAGGCGAGAUAGGCUGUCGGCGCCUCCGCCACUGGAUCAAUGAUGCCCAACCCCCCGAGUCCUGUUGGGAGGGUUGCUUGCCUCCAAAGCAGGCUCUGGUCGAGUGCACACUGGGGGUACCACAGUAGUGCCGCAUCCAGUGCCCGUCUGACCAGCCCUUCACUCCAAUCCCUCCAUGUCUCGAAGGGUAGUAGGUCGACUGGCGUGGAGCGGAGCGGGAAGGUGACUCUUCGGGAGAAACACUUUGACAGCAGGAGCAGAGCGUGUUGCGGGUGAAGGCCCGCAAUGAGUGGUAGUGGUUGCGCGGCUGUCGGCAGCUCGUUCCGUAGAUAGGUUUUGCAGAAGGCCGGUGUGCCCACCGGACUGCCCAGGAUUCGUAGCCCAUCUGUCAUUUCAGGUAUCCCCAUUGGUAUGGUUCCUGGUGGGAUGCCUCGCGGGCUCCAUGCGGCACUUUUUUGUUGGUUGCAUGUCAGCCCACUUUCUGCCAGCAGGGAUUUCAGGAGUGUGUGAGCGUCUCCUGUGUCAGCUGGGGGGGCGACAAUGGUGAUGUCAGCGGCAUAUGCGGUUAGCAUCACUGCUGGGUAGGCGGUCGCUGUGCGGAGAAGAGCCGGCUGAAUCGCGGUUGCGAAGAGUAGCGGGCCGAUAGCGUCUCCUUGGUGGAUGCCACGAUCGCUGGUGAGUGCCGUCUCAACGUAGCCGUCUUCCAAAAAAAACAGUGACGGUCGGGCAUUGAGGCUUUUUGCUAGCGGUAUCAGUGCCGCUAGUCGAGACCAGAGCAGGCUAGCGAAGAAGGCAGCAUGUUCUAACGAGUUGAACGUGUUGCUUAUGCCAAUCGCUAUGGCUGUAUGGUCUGGGUGGGGUUGAGGUACGUCUUGAUGGCAUGGAUAACGCAUUCCGAGCCUCCCAAAUUCGCGACCCCGAACUGAACUGGGAGUAGGUACUAUCUGAUCUCCGCUCCGAGAGACGGUAAUGCUGCUUUGCCCACUAUUCUGAGGAUGGUUUAUCCUAUGGCUAUGGGCCGUGCCCCACCACCUGGUUUCUCGAAGCCUAGGAGGCGGCUGAGCAGGAGCAAGUCUGCUAUGUCGUCUGGUACAGUCGUGCUGAGCAGGUGGUUGCAUCCCGAGUGGAGGUGUUUGCAGUCUUCCCUGUUGGUCAGCGCGGGGUCCCGCAGAUGCACAUAGCAGGCUCCCGAGGGUCCUGCGCCCACUCCAUUUGAGCAGGAGGCAAGUAGGCGUUUGAACUCUUUUGCUGGUAUGCUGAGGGUCGAGGUGACAUGGCCUGCCAGCUGUGCCGGAAGUGGGCUCGCUGCAGGUGGGUGUUUGUCAUGUAGCGUCAGGAGGGUGGAUUCUGAUGCUGUGGCGAGGGGGGUGUGGUGGAGUGCCGUUGCUGCUUUGGCGAGGUUCGCCUUCUUGACCAGGCCCUCUGCCCGUGCCUUUAGUCCUUGUGUGUCUGGUUUGUGUUGCGUGGUUUGGCGGGUUGUCAGGUUGGUUUGGGCUUAUCGUAGUAGGUAUUCCCACGCGCCAGAUCUAAACAGGUGGAAAUGGUGUUGUAUUGCCACCCAGUCUGGUUUCUGAUCUGCCCCCAUGUUUAGGGUCAGCGGGGGUAGCAAUUGGAAUACCAGCCACACUCCGAGUCGAGUUGACUCGGUUGAGAUUCGGAUGAGCGGGGUCAGGAGGCAGUGUGUGAAUUUCUCCAAAAAUUUUGGGGGCAGGCGCCACGGCAAGUGGGGUUGUCGCGAGUUGGUAAGUUGAGAAAUGUCCCAUACUUCAACUCUUCGCCAGAGUUCGUUAUCCCCUGCCAGAACUUCUGGCGCACGGGUUUCCAGUGCCGCUGGGUUCGCCAAGUUUGGGUUGGGGUUUAGUGGUGCUCCGAUGUUCCCUCCAUGUGAGUGCACCUCAGAUCAUCUCGCGUUCCGAUUUCCCCCCCUCCAGUCUGCCCCUCCUCAGUGACUGACUCGUCCUCCAGGGGUGCUGCAGAGGAGGGCAUAUAACUUGAUGAUUCGGAGCUUUCUUCCCCAUUAGCUCUCCCCUCUACUUCCGCCCAUAGUUCCUUUCCGUGGCGCUCCCUCCAGAGCCUCUCUCCCCGUUCCGCCAGCUUUGCCUCUGGUCCUCUGCCCGCUCGUCCUCCUCUGCAUCCCCUUCCGUGGCGUCCUCCUGCUCUCCCUCCCCCCCGCACGGUUCCCGCUCCUCGUGCCGUCAGUCUGCUGCUCCCUGCCCCGGUCCCUGAAGCCACCCCCUGCUCUCCGCGAUCCACGUUCCAUGAUGGAGCUGGAUUUGCUGUUGUCUCCCCGAAGCCACCUUUGCGUGUGGGAGGCACAACACCUGUCUGACCUGUUUCCUCUGCUGCCUGAAGCGUCGGAGGUGCCGCGUUGUCCAUGUUCCUAUCGCGCUGGCGGCGGUCAUGAUCCGCCCUAUAGGCGUCCGCUCGUUGGGAUUCGUUCUCGGGAGGUGGUGCCCGACGAAUUUGCCUCUCCUGUUGGCCCGCCGCGUGGGGUUCGGUAGCGGUGUGGUCCUCCUCUCGCCGUGCCCCGAUUGCGUCGGUCGCGUGACGGUCCGCAUUACAGUCUUGCUCAGCAGCUGCUGGGGAUAGCGGACUGCCUCGGUUGGCUCGCGGAGGUGAUGGAGGUGUUGCUCGUGAUCCUGUCUUGUCACGGCGCCAGCGGGCUCGCGUGGAGGAGGCAGCAACUCGUCUGCUGUGGGGACUGGUGUACGUCCCCACAGCGCCUCGCGCUAUUGCUGACGAGGCUGCCGCGACACCUCUUGCCGUGACUGCCCUCUCUCGCGCGGUGGAGGGCGAGACUGCGAACGGGCUAGUGUCUGCCUCCGCAUCUUUUCUCCGUGCCAUGCAGACUGUGAGAGCUCAGGAUGUACAGGCGCGCUAUAUCUAGCGUAAUCCUGUUGUAGUCCCUUAAAGCCAAUAGCCUGGCAUGGCUAUACGCAGGAUGAUUUUAUUUCUAGAAGGGUCUAUUACCUCUAGAUAUUAUAAACUUGGUUACCUGAUGCACUAUGGAAGUACAAAAGCACCUUGUACUCAUGGAUAGUCCAACAUUGGGGCA